AUGGGACGCGUUAUUAGGAGUCAGCGUAAGGGCGCUGGGAGUGUUUUCAGGGCGCACGUUAAACACCGGAAGGGGCCGGCCAAGCUGCGUCCUGUUGACUAUGCAGAAAGACAUGGAUAUAUUCGUGGUGUUGUUAGGGAAAUUAUCCACGAUCCUGGUCGUGGUGCCCCUCUGGCUCGUGUUGAUUUCCGUGAUAUGUACUCAUACCGGCACAUCAAGCAACUUUUCAUUGCUGCUGAAGGAAUGCAUACUGGUCAGUUCGUUUACUGCGGGAAGAAAGCCUCUUUACAGAUUGGUAACGUGCUACCUCUGAGCUCUAUGCCUGAGGGUACGGUUAUCUGCAACGUAGAGGAGAAGAAUGGUGACAGAGGUCGGCUUGCUCGGGCAGGUGGUACCUAUGCCACUAUUGUGUCACACAAUCACGACACAAACAAGACCCGUGUUAAGCUCCCGUCUGGUGCCAAGAAAGUUCUUUCUUCAGGCUGCCGUGCUAUGGUUGGUCUUGUUGCUGGUGGUGGACGCAUUGACAAGCCUAUUUUGAAAGCAGGUCGUGCCUACCACAAGUACAAAGCUAAGCGCAAUUGUUGGCCGCACGUCCGUGGCGUCUGUAUGAAUCCUGUUGAGCAUCCUCAUGGUGGUGGUAAUCAUCAGCAUAUUGGUAAGCCGUCAACCAUUCGCAGGGACGCCUCCCAUGGUCGAAAGGUCGGUCUUAUUGCUGCCAGGCGUACUGGUCGUAUUAGAGGUACUCGCGUCAUUGUUGCAAAAUCCGAUAAGGAGUAA